AUGGCAGCCCGCCCAACCCGCCUGCUCACACGACUCGUCCGCCAACCGCCCCGCGGCCCGCAUCCUCGCACCACCUCCUUCCUCGCUCCACCCUUCGUCACCCCCAAGAUCCGGCCCGCGUCUCUCCGCGCCGCCCACUCGAUCCCUCGCCCGCCCAGGAGGACGACCCCCGAGGCGCAGCCCGGCGCGCCCGGCGACGCUCCCACCAGCGAGGGCCGGCCACCGCCCCCGAACCCUGCGUACUACCAGCUGUCCUUCACCUGCCUGCCGUGCGGCCACCGAUCGCACCACAACGUCUCCAAGCAAGGUUACCACACGGGCUCGACCCUCAUCACAUGCCCUGGCUGCCGCAACCGACACGUCAUCAGCGAUCACUUGAACAUCUUUGGGGACAGGAAAAUCACCGUCGAGGACUUGAUGAGGGAAAAGGGCCGGCUGGUGAAGCGCGGCAGCCUCGGGGAAGACGGCGACAUUGAGUUUUGGCCAGAAGAAGAGCAAAGUGCUCGGCAGGGCGGCUCGGGGAACAACGCCGUUUCGGAUAGAGAAGAUCAUGCAAGGUGA